UGUUAGGUUAGUAAAGGACAUGUGUUAUAUUUGUAAACAUGGAAAAUAAGUCGACUUUCGAAAUAAUUUUGGGUACUUAUGAACAAUUCGUUCUUGGAUUUUUCUACGAUAAAAAGGCAAAUGAAUUAACUCAAAGUUUUGCAACACACAGUCACUCUGGCAGUGUUAGAUGUGUGUCUUACAACAAAGGAAUAUUGGCUUCAGGUGGAACUGAUGAUCAUAUAAUUAUAUAUAAUUUAAAAACUAGAAGAGAGCAGUCAACAUUAAACCACCACAGCUCCACAAUAACAUGUUUACAAUUCACAAACAAAUGCAGUCAUUUAUUAAGUGGAUGUCAGGAUGGCUCGCUGGGUAUAGUGAGAGUAGGCAGUUGGCAAUUGGAAAAAUUAUGGGAGAAGGCACAUAGGGAUGUUGCAGUUGUUGACAUAGCAGUUCAUCAAUCUAACAAAUUAGCUUUAACACUAGGAGCUGAUGGUAUCCUGAAAACAUGGAAUUUGGUAAAGGGAAGAACAGCAUACAUUAUCAAUUUGAACAGCAAAUGCAAAGAUGCAAGGACUCUGAACCUUAUUAAGUUUUGUCCAAAUUAUGAAUCAUUCUUACUGACUGGAUCAACAAUGAUAUACAUUUGGAGUUUAGAAAGUGGAGGCCUCAUCAAGUCCAUAGAAAACAAGUCAAGAGUUGUGUGCUGUGAUUGGCUUGGAGAAAAAUUGAUUGUUGGAUAUGAGAAUGGAAGUAUUGGUGUUGUGGAUGUUGAAUCAGAUGAAAUAGAGAUUCAUGAAGCUCACAGCGCGAGGGUAAAAUGUCUUGCUGUUAUUGAGGAUUUCAUUGUAUCUGCAUCUAGUGAUGGUAAAAUCAUUGUUUGGGAUAAAGAAUUGAACGAAAUGACGACUCACAGCGCUGAAUGCAGAUUCACUUGCAUGAGUGUUGUGCUGAAUGCGGAAGUUACCGAUGCGAGUAAAGUGGUUGAAAUAUCUGAAAGUAAUGAUAAUGACGUCGACGAUGAAGAAAUUGAAGCUGUCAGUGAGGAAGAACAAGAAAUUAAAGUGAAAAGGAAAAACAAGUCGAAUAAAGAAAAAAAUAUUAAAAAGAAAAAG